GAACACUAAAACUCUUUCUUCACAUUACACAUCAUGGCCCGUACCAAGCAAACCGCUCGCAAGUCUACCGGUGGCAAGGCCCCCCGUAAGCAGUUGGCCACCAAGGCUGCCCGCAAGUCUGCCCCCUCCACCGGUGGUGUCAAGAAGCCCCAUCGUUACAGACCCGGUACUGUCGCUCUCCGUGAAAUCCGUCGUUACCAGAAGUCCACUGAGCUCCUGAUCCGCAAGUUGCCUUUCCAGCGUCUUGUCCGCGAGAUUGCUCAGGACUUCAAGACUGACUUGCGUUUCCAGUCUUCCGCCAUUGGUGCCCUCCAGGAGGCUUCCGAGGCUUACUUGGUCUCUCUCUUUGAGGAUACCAACUUGGCUGCUAUCCACGCCAAGCGUGUCACUAUCCAGCCCAAGGAUAUCCAGUUGGCUCGUCGUCUCCGCGAAAGAGAUUCAACAAUCGAUGAAGAUUUGGGUAGACAGGAUUGUAUCAAUGGACUCGCACAAGAGGUCUUGGAAGUAUUUGAUAUUUGGCAGAUGGGAGAGGAAAAAUUGGGCUAUAUUACAUAA